CAAAAAUUGCUCGCGGUAUUUUACGAGAACUAACAACUAUGAACAUUAGUUAAAAUAUAGUUAGCCGGCAUGCCUAAUAAUUUUAUAGAUCAGGAUAAUUAUUAUUUGAAUCGAAUUUUCGUAGCAUGCAAAAAAACUGGUCUUGUGCUUGUGGAUAAACUUUGGUCCUGGCCGAAGUUAAUUAUGUGCGAUCCUAAUAUGGCAUCUACGUUAACAGCGCGAAUUGGUUCAUAUAUUUCAGCGCUUAUAAAACUGUCUGAGAUGGUGGAUGAGUCAGGUGAAAAUAGGGUUAAAAAGGCGAAAUUCGAAGAUUCACUCCUGCACUUUAACACAAGAAUUUUUAAGAAGUGCGCUUCAUUGUCCCAUGAUAUAGUUGACAGUCUAGCUCUUAGGAUAAAAGAUAAGAAAAAUACCAUCUCUAACCUUUCAUUAAUACCUGUUUAUGACGAGGACAUAAUUCUUGCAGUUUUUUAUUCCAGUACCCUUUUUCCAUCGACCAGUGAACAAAAUCCUCCUUUUAGACAUGAAGCCACUAUAACCCGAAGGGUAAGAACUGAAGAGAGCCGCACCUAUUUGGGAGUUGCUCCCUUUCGGUCCGAGGAAAGUAUUAACCACUUUGCUAAUAAUCUUUUCGAGAUUUUUGUCAAUAAGUACGGGAAAGUUUUUGGAGAAAAGAAGACCGAGAUUAUCAAAAUAGCUAAAGAUAAAGAUGAAGGUCGCCAACCUAAUCUUGACUCGUUGGCCUUAUUUCAAGACUUUUGUAUAGAUAUAGAAAACUUUCUUGCCAACAAUUGUUAUUCAAACUUAUAA